CGGUAAGCUCCAGUCAAGUUUGCAUUGCCAUGGUCCAGCGGCUCUACGUGGGGCGGCUGCCCGAGGAUGUGACCAAGGCCGAGCUCGUCUCGCGCUUCGAGCGCCUCCUCGCCAACAACGCUGACCUGCGCAUCGACGACGUCCAGCUCAUGGCCAACUCGGCAGCCAAAGACUUUGCCUACCUGCAGAUCGCUUCGGCGUCCGGCGAUGCGGCCGCCGAGACCGCGACCGUCGACGCCUUUGUCAAGGCGUACCACAACACCAAGUGGAAGGGCAAGCGGCUGCGCGUCGAGUCGGCCAAGCCCGACUUUUUGCAGCGGCUGCAGGCGGCGUGGACCGACGACGAGGUCGUCAAGGCCGAGGUUCUCGCCGAGCGUGAGCGCGCCUUUGCACCCGCCCAAAGCGACGAAGCGCCGGCAAUGGAACUCAAAAAGUCCAAGCGCUACAAGGGCAAGCGCAUGCUCUUUGGCGACGACGGCGUCGUGACGAUCGUUGCGUCCAAGGCGCCCGUGGUGGCGGCGGUCGUGGCCGAGGCCCCGCAGUCGGACAGGGAAGCUGCCGACGAAGACGACGGUCACUUGAGCUCCGAGACUUCGGACGACGACGACAAGAGCGAUGAUGAGGUCGCCUCGGCGGACGCCAUCGACGCAACCAACGACGACGACGUCGCGAUGGAGGCUGAGGUUGAAGCGCCGGUCGCCGACGCCGAGUUGAGCUCCGAGACGUCGGACGAGGACAUUGACGCGCCCGAGGAUGGGGCCAUGAGCUCCGAGACGUCGGACGACGAAGCCGAAGAAGAAGGCGACGAGCAAGAAGAUGCGGAUGCGCCUGUCGACGACGUGGCGGACGAAGACGAAGCGUCGCCGGCCGAUGACAUUGACAUGGAAGCGGAGAUCGAGCGGGAGCUGGAGCUCGCCUACGCCCAGGCGCAAGCCGCGUCCAGCAGCAGCAGUGACAGCGACAGCAACAGCGAAGACAGCGACAGCAACAGCGAAGACAACGACGAAGAUGUCGAUAUGGAGGCCGAGAUCGCCAAGGAACUCGAGGCGCCCGUCGAGGUGACGCCUGCUGCGCCUGUCGUGGACGAAGCCGCGCGCAAGGAAGCCGCGAACGCUCGUCGUCUCGCGGCCAUCAAGGAGCGUGAGGCGCAAAUGGCGGCGAAGAAGAAGCAGCCGACGCCGAUCGCGGCCACGAACAAGAAGAUCACGUUUGGCGACGACUCGGACGACUCGGACGUCGAGACCACGUCGACGCCGGCGCCGGCGCCGUCCAAGAAGCGCGGGUUCCUCAGCGACUCGGACGACGAUGAUGAUGACGAUGACAAGGACGACGACGAUUUCCUCGGACUCAAGCGGCGCAAGACGGAAGCGCUCUUUGAGUUCCGGCCCGAGUUUGCCGGCGCGGACGGCAAGCGGCUCUUUGAGAUGCAGAAGCGGUUUGGCGGCGACCAGCGUUUCCGCCUCGACGCGCGCUUCGUCGAAGGCGACGAGUUCAACGACGGCGUGGACGACGCGACGCACGACGUCGACGAGCCCGUAAACGACGCGGUCCAGGCAUGGGCCACCGUCGCGCCGGACGCCGACGAAGUCGCCAAGCAGACGUACAUUGCAGAGACCGAGCGCGCCCUCGACGUGCUCUCGCUCGUCUUCCCCAACAUGGAAUUGGAGCGCGCGAAGGCCCGCUUGCACCGGUCCGUCUCGGACGCCAAGGACCUCAAGCAGCUCGGCUGGCUCGCGUCCGUGCGCCGAUAUGACCCGCGCGACGCCGACGCCAAGGCGUUCGAACAGACGGCCCCGACCGACGCUGAAAUCGCCAAGGACAAUGACGACGACGACGACGAUGGCGAAGUGUUGCCGCCGAUGCCAGUCCGGAAGGAGACGCCGAUGCCCGAGGUGUCGGAAGAGCGAUACUUUGCUGCGACGUCGGACCUCUCGACCAUGUUCUCGCGCGUCCGCGCCAACUCGGAGGACGGCGAGGAGAUGGAGGCCGCGCUCGAUGGUAUCGUCAAGCCGACCGCGGCCGCGUCGACCGGCUUCAGCUUCGCGUCCAUGUUUGGCGGUGGCGACGUCAUCGAAGACGAUGACGACCAUGUCGACGCCAAGCCGCUCGAGGAGAAGCCCGACCUCGACGAGUCGACGUGGCACUUUGCCAACACGGUGCGCAAGGUCGUCCAGGACGACAGCACGGACGACGAAGCGAUGGAGGAGGAUGACGAGGCGGAAGACGAGCCGGCGACGGCGACGGACGCGCUCCCGAAGCGGCAGGUGGCCGACGUGCUGGCGUUUGGCGCAAGCUUUUGCAAGCCCGACCCGUGGACCAAGACGCACGAGGCUGACUGGAUGACGCUGCGCAAGACGUAUACGCUCGACUUCCGGCGCAAGCACAAGCAAGCGCUCAAGAACAAGAAGACGAUGAAGAAGCAGUUCCAAAAGCCCCGCCACAAGACGACUACGGCGUAGGGAUAGGUGUAGAACCAUGUGUAAAUUAUCUGCUCUCGAUGCACCGUGUGCUGUCUACAAACUAGUAGACAAUAUCGAAAGACGUUAUAGUGCACUACUGGUA